AUGUCGCGCCACGCCGGUGAGGGGCUGCACCCACAGUUACCGUCGUACUUAGCCCUCGCAUCUGCCCGCCGCUGGUUCUUGAUCUCUCGCUCAGAGAUCCGUCACCACCGCUCAGAUACAAUGCGUGGACAACUCAACCUGCUGGCUACGGCCGCCUUGGUCACCUCGGCCUGGACGUGCCAGCACGAGGAGGAUCUAUACAAGCGGCACUCUCAUCGCAAGCCCCUGGCUCGUCGACAAGAGGGCCAGAAGUGGCCACCCCUCUUGUCGGAGCACGAAACUCUUCUGGUGAACGCCUUUGACAAUGUCACCAUCGACCAGUGGGCCAACUACUACGGCCACGAGGUCAAGCUGGCUGGAAUGGGAAAGAGUGCCGCCGAGUGGACGCGUGACCGCUGGACCGAACACGGCUUUGACGCUCAGCUGAACGAGUACCACGUCUAUCUGAGCUACCCGCUGCACGCGUCGCUGUCCUUCACCCAAGCCAACGGGUCCACAACCGAGGUCAACCUGGUCGAGGAUGUCCUCCCAGAGGACGACGUUACGGGACGUCAAGACAACACGCCGACUUUCCAUGGCUACUCGGCCAGCGGAAACGUUUCGGCAGACUUUUAUAUUAUUUUAUCCUUUUUGUUAAAAUUUAGCCAUUUAACAAGGGUAAUACGUUUUUUAAAAUUUGCUUUAGGUCGGGCCGUGCUUGGAUGCCGGCCCAAUACGGUUCGAUUAAGGAAGCGUAAAAGUUUAAAAUUAAGCUUUUUAAUGGGGCGCCGGGUUUUAAUAUUUUUAGCGUUUAAUAUAACUUUUAUACGUUUUGGCUUUGGGGGGUUGUAUACGGUUGCUUUGGUUAAAUUAUUCCGUUUGCCCGUUUAUUUGCGGGUAAAAAGCGGUGCUUAUCCGGGGUUUAAUCCUUACGAAAUUAAAAAAAUUUUGCUACAAAUGCGCGGUAAACCCUUUAACUAUUGGCGGGUAAUUAAUUUAAAAAUUUUGUUUAUGCCUAUAUAUUUGGCGAUUUUAAUAUCGUAUUCGGAUUUUAAAAUUUCGCGCUUAAAUUUUAAUUGUGCUGGAACCCAUAACCUAUUGCGGUGCGGUUUGCUUAAUCCUAUUUGUAAAUGUUUAAUUUUAACGUAUGGUUAG